AUGUCGGCUAUCAGUACUGACCAAGUCAAGAACGAGUUCGGAUCACCCAAUUUUGUAGUCCCCUCGUUUCAGAAGACGUUCUCAGGCCGCAAAUACACUUUCUCUUUCCAUGACCGCGACGGCCCCAGAUUCUAUGAUCAAUCUAAUAACCUCACAGGUUUUGUCGCAGACCUCUCUCCUUACCUUCCGCUGUUAACCCCAAAGCUUACCAAAGCUGGGAAGGUUGCAAAGCGUCAGCCCGGCACCGAGAAGAAGCCGCUCAAAUGGUGGAAGGCACAAUGUGGGUUUCGCGGGUUACCUGUAGGAGGCACCGUGGACGCGCUUCAGGGGAGACUGAGAGAACAUGGCAACAAAGGGAUGAGCAAGGCCAUGGCCGAGUUCCAGGACAAGUUGAGGGAAGAAUAUCUCGCUAAGAACAUGGAGGAAAUUGAAAAGAGAUGGAAUGACGGCGACAACAGUGAAAAGGCCAAAAUCUGGCCGAGGCGGCUGUUGUACGAGUCCUUCUUCAUGAAACCGGUGUUACCAAUAAAGGAGGUUCUCGUCGUGAUGGUUGACGGCUGGGGAAACAAGAUUACAGAGGUGGCCUCGGCGUUGAAGAUUCCAUGUGAAUGCACGAAGCUAGAGUCCUUCUCAACUGGCCAGCGUCUGGCGGUGAUAGGGCGGGAUGCACAGACCGUGCGGGCCAAACUGGCUGAACUUGUGAGAGACGACCAACGCGCCGGGAGUAGGGCGAGACAAGAGCAGAACAACGAGUUUGAGCGAAGAUAUACAAAGGCCAAAAGCAUGAAAGCGAGCGGCGCGAAGGGCUUGAAAGAAAAAUGGGAUGUGACGGGCUCUUGGACUAUUAGCUGCCCAUAUGUGGAACAAGAGUGGGGGCAGCAGGUGGAUAGUGAAUGUGGUCUGACAAUCAACUUCACCAAGGCUACCAGCAAUGGUCUGGUGCAAAUGUUUGCCGAGUUUGACUUCCUCGUGAUUGAGGGCAUAAUGCGGUUCGUCAAUCCGCAGGUGCAAGAUGGGGAAAUGGAGGACCAAGACGACGAAGGUACUACUAUAAGCAGCUCGACGACGGCGCAGUUCUUGCUUCCCGACACGUCGUUGCCCUCUUCACGUUCUCGCAACUUCAAAUUCCGAUGGCGUGGCGAAGACACUCACGAAGGCGUGAUCCAGCUUACCUCCGAUAAGAAGUUGUGCUCCAUGACAUUUGAGAGUCCGCAUGCCCUAAACGGCAUGUUUUAUAGCGGUAUUCUCGGAUGGGUCGAGUUCAAGGGGGUCAAGACCCCAGCCGAGAGUGGGUCGACGAAUGCCUAUGCGGCAGAUCCAGCGUAUCAGUGGAGCUUGAGAAGCGAGGAAGCUUAUGAAAGAGCUCGAGUUGGUAGAUGGGGAUGA